AUGCGCAUUGCUGGUCUCGGGCUCCCCGAACUACUCAUCAUCCUGCUGGUGCUGCUGCUGGUUUUCGGCGCCUCUCGGUUGCCGGGAGUUGGCUCUGCCCUGGGCAAGGGCAUUCGAUCGUUCAAAACGUCGGUAACCGGCGAGGACGAAAAACCUGGCACGGAGACCGGAACCAACGAACACAACACCUGA